UGGAGACGGUGAGAUACGGCGUGAAAAUGGUGAAGACGCUGAAGAAGACGAGCUGUGACGUUCCUUCAACUUCCCUGAGGUUGGCACCUCCUCAGGGAAGACGCCUGCCUGUGUUUCACAGGCAGUGCGCAAACCAGCUGGUACACGCAGACUGUGUACUCGUACUCGGAGAACAAAGGUUCCAGCGUGUUCCUUGUUCUCACUGGGAGGGUACUGGGGCCAGCGUGCCCUUCAGCUGGAUUAAUCUUGAGAAAAGAUGCACAGAUAACAUGAGAAAACAUGAGAUUAAACAGAGAGAAUAUGAACAGAAACUAAACAGGAAAUAUGACUUGAAACUGAGAGCAUAUGAGUAUAAUCACAGAGCAUACGAGUUUAACCUGAGAAGCCACAUCGAUGAUACUGAGCCUAGAUGCAGUGACUAUCUUGUGCAGAGAAGAAGGGUGAGUGAACUGAAGAUGCGGAGAAUCAACAAAAUGACAAAGCAGAGAGUAAGUAAUCAGAAAGCAUUGAGAAGCUUGAAGGUAAGCAGACAAACAUGCUGUAGCAGAAGUCAGGUAUUGGAAAGUUAUGUAGAGUACUGUCAAGAGGCAAAGAAGGUUUCUAAACCAAAUAGAAAGAAAAUGAGAAGAAGCCAACGUAGACAGGCCUACCACAGAAUGAGGAAUGAUGAUAACAUGUAUGAGUUGACAGUUCAGGAGACAUGCACCGAUGAUGUGGUCAGAGAGAGGUCCGUGAAUGGAAUGUGCAGGAAGGACAGCAACAAAGACAAUCAGAGAAAAAAUAAUUUGUGCAUGUGUGACGUGGACGUCAUUGAAGAGAAGACUACCCCUUUGUUGGAAACUGACUAUUCAAACUAUUUGCACAGUUUAUAUUUUUCAAGCCCACCUAUAGCAUUACUAUGAUGUGAAGGACAGCUAAUCACCUCUCAACCAAGCCCGAGUUCUGUCAGCCACCUCUCGCAUCACUGUGAUGUCACAGGCUACUAAUCACAGUCUGUCAUCCAAGCCCAAGUACUGUACGUGAGUCAUCUCUUGUACCACUAUGUCUAAGGCUACUAAUCACCUGUCAACCAUGCCUGAGUUCUGUCAGCCACCUCUUGCAUCACUGUGAUGUCACAGGCUACUAAUCACAGUCUGUCAUCCAAGCCCAAGUACUGUACGUGAGUCAUCUCUUGUACCACUAUGUCCGAGGCUACUAAUCAUCUGUCCACCAUGCCCGAGUUCUGUC